UCUGCCCUCUUCUUCUUCUUUGCAAAACGAACUAAGCAAGGGCAUUUUUGUCCGUUAAAUUACAACCAAUCAUAUUCCUGCAGCUUAUCUCUCUUCACGUACGAACAAAUCCUUAAACCCCAUAUAAACCCUCGUUGUCUCAUUCACUCUCAUCUUCCACAGCCGGCUACCUUCUUCCUCUCCCCCUUUCUCUCUGCAAAUUGAGGCUCAGAAAUGACAGAUUCAUCCAUGCACAACUUUCUGAACCAGCAACGACGUCGUCCCUUGGCUUCAAGACCCCCAAGGAAGAACCCCACAACCCCACCAUCAGCUUCCUUUUCUCGCCUCUUCCAGUGCCUUUACUGUCCUCGAAAGUUCUACACCUCUCAAGCUCUCGGCGGCCACCAAAACGCCCACAAGCGCGAGCGAGCUGCUGCUGCUCAUAGGAACAUAUAUGUGGAACCCAUGUGUCAUCACUACCCAACAGAACCAUACGUGGACUCUGGUGCACCAUUUCUGGACCAGUACUGGCUGGAACCCAUCCAGACCCACCAGUUUGCACCUGCUGCUAAUCGUUUUCUUCUUCCUCAAGAUGGGUCUUACGGCGGCUCCGCCAGUUCUCCUGACAAUGAUUCUCUCUUUCCAGUAGCUGAUCUUACCAAUGACGCAGCGAACCUUGAUCUUACUCUUCGUUUAUAAUUUCUUUAUCUCUGGUAGCAAGAAUGUGAAAAAUGAAAAUUUUCUUAGUUGUAUAUGGAAGUGAUGAUAUAUGA